GGUAACGUCAUUUCGUUUUCAUUUCAUUGAAAACUUGUACCGCAGCGGGAAUGUAGAAAAUCUCGUAAUCGUUCGUUGAUUCAAAGUGAUUGUACCUGAGCAAUACGCGGCCUUAUAUAAAUAAAUUUCGCCUAUCACAAUGCCGCCAAGUAGCUUACGGGUAGUGUACGCGUUCGCCAGAGAAAUGCACCCGAAAAAUAGUGAUGUGUUCAUACAAUAUGGGACUGCGGGAUUCCGCACGAAAGCGAAUCUGCUGGAGCAUGUGGUCUACCGCAUGGGGCUUCUGGCCGUUAUCCGGUCGCGGGUCAAAAAUGGUCGCACAAUCGGAAUGAUGAUCACCGCGUCUCACAAUCUGGAGCCCGACAACGGAGUGAAGUUGAUCGAUCCUGACGGGGAGAUGUUGGAGGAGAGCUGGGAGGAGAUCGCCACCAGGCUCGCCAACGUCAGUGACAAUGACUUGGAAUCAACAACGGUCGAGAUCAUCAAACAAGUGAACGCUGACAUGAGCCUCAAGGCCAGCGUCUUCAUCGGAAUGGACACCAGAUACACAAGCCCCCGCCUCGCCGCGGCCGCAGCCAAUGGCGUGAUAGCGCUCAAAGGCACGCCAAAAGAGUUCGGGAUCGUCACGACGCCGAUGUUGCAUUUCUGUGUCAAGUGCCGCAACGAUAAUAAAUAUGGCACACCUACUGAAGAAGGCUAUUACGAGAAGAUAGUCGGCGCUUUCAAGGCGAUCUGCCAGAAACUGCCAGUGUCUGGCGACUACAACCCAACUUUGUACGUAGAUGGCGCCAACGGCGUCGGCGGGAAAAAGCUGAAUAUCAUCAAGAAGAGUUUAGACGGAGAAUUAGAUUUGCAUCUGUUCAAUUUGGGCGGCAAUGGCGGGAAGCUUAAUCUUAAUUGUGGAGCGGACUUCGUAAAAGUUUCCCAAAGCCCACCGGUGGGCGUGGAGCACGUUCCGUUCCAACGAGUGGCCUCGCUAGACGGAGACGGCGAUAGGAUCGUAUACUAUUAUUUGGAUGACGAGAACAAAAUGAACCUCCUAGACGGCGAUCGCAUUGCCACUCUUCUGGCGAGCUACAUCGCGGAGUUGCUGAAGACUUGUGACGCGACCGAUCUGAACAUGGGCAUAGUUCAGACCGCGUACGCUAAUGGCGCGUCUACGCAGUACAUUAUAGAACAGCUGAAACUUCCAGUAACGUGCGUGAAAACUGGCGUGAAGCAUCUCCAUCACGCGGCCCUGGCUUACGACAUAGGAAUAUACUUCGAGGCGAACGGCCACGGCACUGUGGUGUACAGCGAGACCGCCAAGAAGACCAUCCGAAAGAUAGCUGAGGAAGGUGAGCCGGAACAGCGCAAAGCGGCCAGCCUGUUCGUCAAGUUCAUAGACAUGACGAACGAGACGGUGGGCGACGCGCUGUCGGACCUGUUCCUGGCGGAGAGCGUGCUGCGCGCGCGCGCGCUGGCCGCGCCGCGCUGGCGCGCCCUCUACGCCGACCGCCCCGCCCGCCAGCUCAAGUGCCCCGUGCAGGACCGCAACAUCAUAAAAACGACGGACGCGGAACGUAAAUGCACGUCUCCCGAGGGACUGCAGACCAGGAUCGACGAGCUGGUGGCGCGGCACACCAACGGGCGGGCCUUCGUGCGGGCCUCGGGCACCGAGGAUGUCGUGCGGGUGUACGCCGAGGCGGACACUACACAGGCGGCCGAUAAGUUGGCGGCAGAAGUUGCGCAGGCGGUGCACGACCUCGCGGGCGGAGUCGGCGACCGCCCGGUGUUGCCAGAAUAAAUAUCACAAAAAUGUUAUAAAUUUUAGAUGAUACGGAAAUUGUAUGAAGAUGGAUAUCUACAGAGAAAUUUAUAAUGUUACGGAGAAGAGAAAGGUAAAAAAAGCGCAAAAAUCACAAAUAUUUUAAUAUUUAACAGAAGAAAUUGAAUUACUGACUGACAUAUAAACGCACAGCCCAAACCGCUGGGUCUGACUUGAAAUUGGGCGUGUGUCAAUAACUUUAUGUGUUUUAGCGGUGCACUAAGAGAGGAUUUACCGAAAUUCCCGCGGGAAAGGGAAUUAUGGUGAUUUUUCAUUUUACGCAGGUGAGGCCGCGGGCGUCCGCUAGUCAAAUAUAUGGAAACACAG